AUGUCCGACGCCGCUACCGCAUCUGGUCCAGAACAACAGUACAAGUUCAAUGUGGCUAUGUCUUGCUCAGGUUGCUCCGGCGCGGUGGAGCGUGCCUUGAAGAAACAAGAAGGCGUUUCGAAGAUCGACAUUUCUCUGGAAACUCAAACCGUCUUGGUUCAUGCCCAUCCCCCGGCCACAUUCGAUAUCGUCCGAGAAAAGAUUGCCAAGACAGGAAAAACAAUCAAUAGUAGUGAGAGGGGCUUCCUCACGAGUGGACGGGAUCGCAACACCUCGGUGAUGGAGUGGAGUAAGGAGAGCUCGAAUCUCGGUAACAGUAAGGAACAUAUACUCAGUAAUAGGAACGAACUGCCUGCUUGGUUAAAUGCCGGAACCUCGCAGGCCGACGCCGAUCGCGAGCAUGCCUUGCCAAAUUCCGGGGUGGAGGUGACUCCUCCAGCAGAUACCACUUCUGAAGACAACGCCGAAGGCUCCAUCGAUGUCGAGAUGCAGCCACCCGCCCAUGCGAUCCCGUUCCUAUUGCUGAGUAUAUGUUCCUUACUGAUACCAAGAUUUGAGCUCUCCUUACUCCACUCCAUCACCAAGGUGUUGCAAUCCCGUCCACUUGUGAGAGGAAGCGCCUAA